AUGGACUGGGCCGACCUUCCCUGGGCUUUACCAUCGGCCUAUCUACCGCAAUUCGUUCAGACGUUCACGGCCCAUCCUGAUUGUCCGUCCCCUCGGUCGGGCGGAGCGGCGAGGUUGGGGCGCGCCGAGACGACGGUUGGAGAGCGGCGGGAUUCCGGCGACCGGCUCAACGAUCCGCAGCUUCCUGUUCGGAAUCUGCUCCGCCAGCCGAAGCACCCGGUGUUCUCCUUCAACUUCGCCAUGUCGUCCACCUCCUCUCCCCACCGGAAGUUGCUCCACUCCCUGGCAUACUGGGCGGUGCAGCGCUGCCGGAUGUCGGAGUCGCCGUGCCGGCUCACGGUCUCCCUCAAGCGCCCCGCCGAACCUGCCAGCUCUUCGCCGCUGCGCGUCUCCGUUUCGGACACUGGGGUGGGCAGCAAACUGGAGUUCCUGGAGCUAGACGCCCUGGCUCGUGAGACUCCCGCAGAGAAAUGGGAUGGCACACUCUUAAUCACAACUACUGGAAUCAAUGAUGAAGCCAUUUAUCGUUAUCGAAUUAAUCUUCAAGAAGAGAUAUCAAGUGCAAGAUUCAGCAAGCUGGCUACCACAUACAAAAAUCAUGCACGAUUCAGUGGAACUGAAGUCUGCCUUUGUCUCUCAAAUGAUGCUGAUGUUGAUGAUCUUAUAUUAUGGUUGGUUGGCUUCUUCAGAAAGAAUUUAGCAUGUGAGCUCUUUGUUGAGCAAACAGGCAACGCUGAUUCCAGAAAUGUCUGUCUAACACAAGAUUCUGAUGAUGUGCAUCAUUCUGUUACGGCAUCAAGUAUUGACCAGCUAGUUUCUGGUCUUAAAGACUACACACUCUUCCAUGGAAACACUUGCGACAAGUGUGGUGCGUGCUCAUUGAAUAGAGAUCUUCUAAAGAUUGGAACUGGAGCAGCAAACCAUGUAGACAGAAGAAAAUCUAAAGGACUGCAUGUUGAAGUAGUCAUAGUGAUUGCACAGACUGCAUCUGAUUCGACUUGUUGUAUGGUAAAUUGCCCGUUCACACAGGUUUUGUACUUUGAAGAUUUUGUACCUUGUCAGAUAUCGCAGUCCUCUUUUGAUGUGUUGAUGAGCACAGAUUGGCAAAGCUAUGGUUUCAAGUUAAAAGGAGAACGGCAGGGAUCUCAACAAGGCAGAUACCUUGUGAGGAAGGCACUCAAAUCUGCUCUAUCUCACUUGAAAGCAGAUCAUGCAGGAGAUUUUCUUAGUUGCCAUGGCCAGAGGGUUCGUGAAUUUGUUCCUGACCUUGCAGAAUCAAUUGCUGGGCUGAUCUUGUCGUCCACCGAUGAAGAGUUCCAAGACGAAUGCAUUGCGCUUCUUGGGCUAGGCUCGGAACAGGAUAUCUCGGAAGGAGCAGUUCAAUCGUCAAUCUCUGAGAAGAUGAUCCGUAUCAUAGAGAUGAAUGACACCAAGGAGAAUGCAGAGGACAACGUGCCUUAUCUGUUCGAGUGCGAGAAGCUGGAUGGAGAUAGCGAGCUGGACGAAGAAGAUGGAGAUGAAGACAUGGCUUUCGAUUUCUAG